GUAUAUUAAAUUAGUUGGGAGAAAGUUGGGGAUAUAAAUUAAUAGCUAAUAGACCAAUUAAUUAAGGGCAGCAGUGAGACGGCCGCAAAAGGCCAGCCUCUUUCUCAGCCGGCUCUCCUCAAACUCUCUCUCUUAAAUUAUUAGUGAGAGUUGAUUUGAAAGGGUUGUGAAUCUAUGGGGAGAUCUUCUAAGGUGGCAAAGAAAAGUAGUGUGAGCGACGACAAUAAUAUUAAGAGUAGAAGGACGAGAAAGAGGGAGUCUCCGCACCAACGUAGCUCCGUCCACAGGGGUGUCACCAGGCACCGGUGGACGGGACGGUAUGAAGCUCAUUUGUGGGACAAAAAUUGUUGGAAUGAAUCCCAAAACAAGAAAGGAAGACAAGUUUAUCUAGGGGCCUACGAUGACGAAGAAGCAGCUGCACAUGCCUAUGACUUGGCUGCAUUGAAGUAUUGGGGACAAGAUACAGUGCUAAAUUUUCCACUAUCGACCUAUCAAAAAGAAUUCAAAGAAAUGGAACGUCAAUCGAAGGAAGAGUACAUUGGUUCACUAAGAAGGAAAAGUAGUGGGUUUUCUCGUGGCGUAUCAAAAUAUCGAGGCGUUGCCAGACACCAUCACAAUGGAAGAUGGGAAGCUCGAAUUGGAAGGGUCUUCGGCAAUAAAUAUCUGUACCUUGGGACUUUCGCUACACAAGAAGAAGCAGCGACUGCCUAUGACAUGGCAGCGAUUGAGUACCGUGGACUUAACGCCGUUACCAAUUUUGAUCUGAGCCGUUACGUUAAAUGUCACCGGCCUCACCCAGACAACCCAAAUAAUCCUCACCCGAUAUCUAACGGUAACGUUGAAUCUAAUUCCAUGCAAAACCCUAAUCAAGAAUUAGGUGAACUCGACCACCACCGCCCUAUUGAGACCACCACAUUGCCGUCGGACCAUGGCGACACCGCCACGCCCUCGUCGGCUCUAGGGCUUCUUCUACAAUCUUCAAAGUUCAAAGAAAUGUUGAAGCAAACGACGGCGUUUAACGAACCUCCGAGGAGCAGUUUCCCCGACGACAUUCAAACAUCGUUCGAGAUUCAAGAUUCGAGCAGCGUUGCUGAGGAACAUGGCAUUGUAUUCGGAGAGUAUGAUUCGUUCUCGUCGCCAAUCUUUGAAUGUGAGCUUCAAGCUUAGGUGGAAGGAACAAAGAAUUAUUAUUAAUCUAGAGAUGAAGAAGACAUUCUUUUUUUUUUUGUUUAUUUUUGUGAAUAUAAAAGCCGAAAACAAUUCAUGGCGAGAUACUACUUAGAUUGAAGGAUGAGGUUAGAAUGGGGAGUAAGUAUGGUAGAAGAGAGAAAAAAAAUUAUAGUAAUUUAUUUGAUCUUGUAGAAGCAAACGGAUACGGCAUUGGUUUGAUUUUAAAAGCGCAAAUAAAAAUGUAUAUUAUUUUCAUGAUUAAA